AUGAAGGCGUCUGCGACCUCGCGCUAUGCGGCCUAUGAUUCACCGUCCCUGUCCUCGUCCCCGUCGCCGCGCCGCGCAGCGGCGCCUUCUGCGCAGACACCGGGAGGAGCGCACGGGAGCAGCAGCCGCGCGUUGGUGGUCGUGGGGAGAUCCGGGCGCGACCUACGGGGUGCCGGCGGCUUGUCGCAGCCCCACCACCAGGGCAACCUAGGCUCCGUGCUGCGGCGGCUCAUCUCCAUGGACAAAAAGCCGCCUUCCGCCAAGGCCUGCCUCCCGGUCCCUCCUGCCGCCGUCGCCGCCGCGGUGAAGACCAACGCCAACACGCGGACGCUCGCCAUGGUGCUGCGCAGCGAGCGGGAGCUCCUGGCGCAGAGCCAGGCGCAGGAGGAAGAGAUCGCCGCGCUCCGCCUGCAGCUCGAGAACAAGGACCGGGAGGUGGAGCAGCUGAAGGACCUCUGCCUGCGGCAGCGGGAGGAGAUCAGGAACGCAUCCGCGCCGCGCCGUGGUCGAGGCUCUGCGCGUGCCGCCGGGGCCGCGGCCGGGCUCGGCGAGCCGCCGGGGCCGCGGCCGAGCUCUGCGCCGCGCCACCGGGGGCUGCGGCCGAGCUCCGCGCGCGGCCGAGCUCGGCGAGCCGUCGGGGCCGUGGUCGAGCUGUGCGCCGCGCCGCCGGGGGUCGCGGCCGAGCUCUGCGCCUCGCCCCUCCCUCCGCCGUGGGUGCAAGCUCCGCCGCCGCGGCCCUCCCCUCUCGCCGACAUGGGCGCGAGCUCCACCGCCGCCGCGGACGUGGCGAGGCGGAGCCGGCCGGCGCGGUUGUUGCUGCCGCCGAGGGCCACCGCCGCGGACGCCAAAAGUGGGACCCGCGCGCUGGGGGAGCAGAUGGCGAGCUCCUUGCGCUCGGGGAAGGAAGCGAGCGGAGGGGCGCACAUACAGAAUGUGAUAGCGAGAGGAGUUGGUUGA